AUGCCGGAGGAUGACGUCUUCGAGGAAGCUCCUGAUAUGCAGAAGUCGCACAACUUUGAAGAACCACAGAACAAGAUUGACCGCAUACCCAGUAUGUACAAUAUAAGAAAGGUGCCGAACCUCACAUUAUUAAUAAACAACACUAUAAAAUUCUUAACACCCCAAAUUGAAAGUUCAACGCUUGAAUGUCUAACUAAUGAAUUGGUGCCUUUCGCAAAGAAUGUGUCGCAUUUAUUCACCAAAUAUUAUGGUUUUAAAGCCUACAAUCUAUCUUCGCUGGAAGCAGAAUAUCCCACCAUUCCUAUAUCUGACUUAGUCAAGAAAGAAUUUACAAAGGUUAACAUCACAUUGCCUGAUAAUUAUACGUUCGAAGUUUUUAACGAAUACGACGAAUUAAAUAAAUUUUUAGCCACUGCAAAUCCGAACACUCUGUACAACUACGCAGGAUUCCUUGCAACGCUUCCUUAUAUUCCAUAUGUAAAUAUGAGCACUAAAGAGGCCAUUUCAAAUGACCUGACUCAAACUACAACGAGGGGCCGUAACUGGAGUGAAUGCGUAGCUUUGUUGGGCGAAAAUAUGCCUGAUAUUCUCGACUAUUUAUAUGUUACAAACGACACCAACCAUAGUGAGAUUAAGAAUGAGGUAACAGAGAUUGCCCACAGAUUGAAACAGGCAUUCGAUGAAACACUUCAAAACAACAGCUGGAUCGACAACACGACGCGAGUAGCUUUACAGAACAAGUUAAAAAACGUGACAAUGAGAAUAGGAUACGAGGAGACGCUAUUGAACCGGUCAGCACUCUACGAAUACGUACGACCCUUUCCUUCGAAUAUUUCGUUCAUAGAAGCCUUGUACUUCAUUCGAGAAGGCUUCAACAAAAUGGAAUUGACUAAGUAUCGCCAUCCAGACGAGGGACAAUUAACGUGGAAGCACAGUGCAAGAGAUGCUCGCACGUUUCACGUCAGCCUUUCGGACGUCAUUGAAAUUCCCUACGCACUCCUCGGACCUCCCUUUUUUCAGCAAGGACUUCCACGUUCAUUCAACUAUGGUGGCAUCGGUACUGCAAUUGCUCACGAGUUGGGGCACAGCUUGACCUACUCAGGUAAAAUCAAUAUAUCUUUUGUCUUGUUAUCCUGCAACCAAUACGAUCCCAUUUGA